AUGUAUCUUCGAGGGACCCAUGCUGAGUCUUCAAUAAAGGCUCUAUUCGAACUCAUUAAAGCCAAUCCCUUAGGCGUUCUCACGACGGCCAUAAAUUCUUCUUCCCAUCCCUUCAUCCAGUCCAGCCACAUACCCUGGGUCCUAGAUGAGAUCUCAGACGACCACAAUGCACCCGUGAAAGGCAAACUACGGGGUCAUAUAGCCAAGCAGAACCCUCAGUCAAAGGCAAUGAUUGAAUCGGUUACUGAAGCUGCGGAUGGCUUCUCAACAGGAGUUUCCCAGCUACAACAGGAUGUUAUGAUCCUGUUCACAGCAUCCUGCCACCAUUACGUGACACCGAAGUUCUACACCGAGACCAAACCGAGUACCGCCAAAGUUGUGCCCACCUGGAACUAUGCUGCAGCUCAAGUUUACGGAAAGGCCACCAUCUACUAUGAAUCGUCUUCCUCAGAGACAUCGAUCUACCUUUCGCAUCAAAUCCGUGACCUAAGCCAAAUGUGCGAGACCUCAAUCAUGGGUUAUUCCGGUGAAGAAGGGAAACCAACUGCCUGGAAAGUGGAGGAUGCUCCCGAACGGUAUAUUGAGAUCAUGAAGAAGAAUAUCAUUGGUAUUGAAGUAAGGAUUGAAAGAAUUGGAGGAAAAUUUAAGAUGAGUCAAGAGUUGGGCAAGGGAGACCGAGACGGUGUCAUGCAAGGCUUUAGUGGUCUUGGCUGUGAAAUCGGAAACAAUAUGGCAGCCCUGAUCAAGGAGCGUGGGGAGAUAAAAGAUGCAGUAAAGGCCAGAUAA